AUGUCGGAGGCGGCGUUGUACGUGUUUAGUCUCAUCGAUGGAGCGUGCUUAUUAUUUCUCACUGUAUAUUUUGUAUCCUUCCAUCAACUUAUUAACUUUAAUAACUUAGCCACUUUUUUAUCUUUCAUUCGCUUAAAAGUGGAGAUGCGCCGUAAAUUUAGCCUAACACUUUGCGUGUAAAGAAAAAAAAGUAUAAAAAAUGAGCCAAGUCGACCUAAACAAACACUUCCACACUGCAAAAUUGUUACUUAGAAAUUAUCAUGAAUAUGAUUGCUGUCAAUAUUUUUCAUAUAAUUAUUUAUUUCAUACACAUUUACGAGUGAAUUUUUCGUAGGCAAAAAAAGGUUAUAUAUAUCUGAGCUUUAUUUGUCUUGUGUAAAUUCCUUGACAUGCAAUUUGUGCAAAAUAAUCAGAUCAUUAAUUUAUCGGAUUUAGAGUGCGACUACAUCAAUGCGACUACAUGCUGUCGAAGACUUAACGUGGUAGGUGUUUAACAAGACUUAUUGAACCUGGGCUUUUUCUAAAAAUCAUACACCCUAUCUGACAUCUAACCACACCCAGUUAAGAUACAAGUCUUAAUUUAAGUGCCAGAGACAAAAAUAUUCUAUAGAUUGCUAUUUUCCAGGGUAUACCGUUUAAUUCAGUAAAUAAUUACACCAUUACUGGUGAAAUCCCUGAAAUAUCUUUAAAUUCCUACUUUUUUGUGUUCUGUUAAUCAAGAGGGAUUGCAUUUACCAACACAAGGAUAAAUUCUGUGUAGCCAAUCCAAUACAAGAUCACUCCACUUUUUUCGGUUGAGCUACAGUAAAAUGGGAAACUAAAACCUGCAACUUGUUUUGAAGCAUUGCUGUGAAAUGAGUUGAAGGGCGAUGUUGUACAUUUAACCACCCACAUUCAAACCUGUCUUCAAAAAAUCAGGUUGCUGCAAGGUGCGUGAAUACUGUCCUCUGAGUGGAUAAAAUUAUGCUGUAGUCAUUCCUUACUUGGGAGUUAUGUCAAUUGUUGCAGCAGCAUGUACAGAGCUAACUCUCUACAUUCUGCAACAAAUUUUCACAACCUACAGCAACCUCAUUUGUUGCAAGACAAUUCCUGGCCAGAAGGGUGUCCAGCCGUCCCAUGGACACCCUUUUUUGGAAGGAAUACAAGGAAAUUCACUUAAUCUCUUAUAAUUUAAUGGGAAACAUGCCUUCUGGGUGCCCAGUUUUCAAUGUCUGGCUAAAAGCCUGUUCCUGGGAGGUAAAAUGUGCCACAUUGCUAUUCAACUUAUUUAGCAGCAACAUUGCUAAAUAGUUUCCCCCUUUUCACCCUACCCGUAAAUUCACUUGACACAGUCCAGUGAUUGCAUGUGAUACACUUGGAACACUGUUCUUAAUUUGUAAACAUUGUGCUUGAAAAGUAUGGUACAGACAAUAGUGAAGUUAGCUCCUUUUGCAUUCAGAUUUGUUCUGGGUCCUUGAUGACAUUGUUUUUAUUUUCAGUGGAUUCUACCAGAAAUGGUUGCUCAUGGAGUUAUAACUGUACUUCUCCUCGUCCAUUUCCAGUGGAUAUUUUUCUUAAUCAAUGCUCCUUUAUCAGGGUGGCUUAUUUAUAGGUGGGUCUAAUUUCAUGUUACAUUAGAAAUUUGCUUUGCUGAAGAUGCAACAGUAAUUUGUACUACACUGUUUUUCCUUAACAAAUGCAACUCAGAAUUUUUAUUGCUCAGAGAGUACUGCGUGAUGCAGUUAAUUUCUGUGUUUUUUUAACAUAUUAAUGUGGCUUUAAGAAGCAAUAUUGUUAUGUCAGCCCAGAAAUUACCUGCUCAUCACUAGAGUUCUUAGUAGAUCAUUGGUUGGAGCAUCCCACUAGUGUCUGGAAGGUUGUGGGUUCAAUUCUGAGUCUUUCUCUCCACACAUAUCUUUCUAUCUAUAAUUUAAAUGUAGUUAAGUGAUCCAAAGUGAUUUACUUGCCAGUACCAACAAUAACAUUAUUGGAAAUCACAUCAUUCCUUGAACAACCCCCUUUUGCCUCUCCUUUAUGCCAAAUAUAAAGCAAGUGCGUUUUUGAGGCAGAGAAUAAAACUUUAUAGCUUGAGGAGGCAGGGCAGGGGGAGUGGUGUAGGUGUCUUGUGAAUCUGUGUUCACUGUUUCACAAAAACCAACUACGAUCAGUGACAGGCUUAUUUUAGACACCUUGUCCUCAAUAGUAUUUUUCUCUCCCUUUACUGACACUCAAACUACAUGUAACUUCAAAAAGGAAAAUGCCACCUUCCUUCCCCCACUUUCUCACAUCCCCAUUCUUGCUAAAAUUAUUGUUAUCCCACUGUUCAAGUUACUUGACUGUAGGAAACCAAAAAACAAGCCACACUAUUAAGAGGUCCGAGCUGAUAUUUGACAAAGAUAUAUAUAUAUUUCUAUCAAUUAAAUUCUUCUUUGUUUAUUUUGUUAGAUUUGUUAAUAAACCAGCUGGAAAUGUUGGGUUGUAUGACCCAGCAGAGAUUCAUAACAGGCAUGAAUUAAAGGGGUUUCUCAAAGAAGCUAUGAUCAAACUUGGAUUUCAUCUUGUAUUCUUUUUCCUUUAUCUUUACAGGUAGGGGUUUUAUUUUCUGCUUUUUUGAGAUGUUUAUUGGCUGGGGCGAAGGGUUGCCAAACAUUUUGUUCAAGGUUGGGAUUUAAGUGGUUUAAGAAUCAAGAGGCCAUCAAGCCCAUGACUGUAAAUCCAAUGAAAAAAUAUGAGGCUUCAUAAUGGUUAUGUUGUAGUUAGUUUUUUACCUCAGGUUACUUGUGUUUUUCUUUUGUUUUUGGGUAUGGUAAUGCAGAGAUGUCGCUAAGGGCCGGGUGCCGGCUAAUUUCACUGGCUGAAAAAGAGCUUGUCACUAGUUCAAAUUGCUCUGGAAAACAAAGACAAGGGGUAAUUUUGAUUAUGAUGCAGUUGGGUAAAAAAGCCGACCAUGUACAGAGAUCACUUUCUUAUUACUCUAUUCAAGCAUAUUUUUUGGGCAUGGUAUGUCCUCACAAAUAACAUGUUGAUGUUUGAGCGAAGAAAGAGUUGCUAAAUGUGACCUUGUCAGAAUGUUAGAAUAAGUGAAGAUUCAAUUCAUUGGAUAGAAAAAUGGCUAUCAUGCAGGCAGGUUUUUAGAUUGGUUCCAUGAAAUUUGGUAGUCAGCUCAUGUGUGUAAUAUUAUUUUAUACAUCCAUAUAUGUUCUUAAUCUAUUUUAUCCUUAUUUUCUAACAGCUAUAUAUUCAGGAAAAAAUCUGUUUGAACUUUAUUUCAGUAUGAUUGCUGCCCUGUUAGCUGAGAGUGGCUCAGCCAAGUCAAAAAGUUGAAGGACCUUGAUCUCGACACAUUAGGACUUCUGAAAAACAAAGCUUGCCAUUUCAGUAACAGAAAAAGCUGUCAAGAUUCAUUUUUAACAACAAAGAAUUCCAGGUCAUAGUACAAAACUCUGCCCUGAAAUGCUUGCAUAGCUCUUUGUGUAGUACGUCAGUUAACAUAGAGUGAUGUUCGAGAAACUCUCUUGGGAAGUUAGCCAUUUGACCUUCAAAGUC